UUAUUUUAUUUUAUUUAAAAACUUUUUUAAUUUAGCAAAUAUAAUGGCAGCUGGCCUUAGUGCUUAUAGAGAUCAACAUUUUAAAGGGACUCGGGCUGAAUUAGAGCGAAAAUUGGAAACAAGCACAACUCUUUAUGUUGGAAAUCUCUCAUUUUAUACUUCAGAAGAACAAAUUUAUGAACUAUUCUCUAAAAGUGGGGAUGUCAAGCGCAUCAUAAUGGGACUUGACAGGGUAAAAAAGACCCCUUGUGGAUUUUGUUUUGUAGAAUAUUACUUUUCAGAAGGUGCUGAAAAUGCAAUUCGAUAUAUUAAUGGUACAAGAUUAGAAGAUCGUAUUGUUCGAAGUGAUUGGGAUGCAGGAUUUGAAGAAGGUCGUCAGUAUGGUAGAGGGAGAAGCGGAGGACAAGUACGAGAUGAGUAUAGAAAUGACUAUGAUCCAGGACGAGGAGGUUAUGGUAAGCUUGCACAAGAUCGUAACAAAGCAGAUGAUAGUUUUGAUGCAGAAAAUUACAGUGAUGCUAAAUAAGUCUAUAAAAGGUCCUCAACAAAGUGCAACAAUGUAGCAAUGAAUAACAAAUUGCAAUAGAAGUCAAAUAAAGACAAGUGCAGCAAUGUAACAAUAAAUAAAACUGCAAUAGUCAAAGUGCUAGGAUAUAAAAAAUUUAAGCCAAGUUUUCAGAAAA